CUCUUCUUACAUGUUUUACGAAAUCGUAAAAAAAAAACAAACUUCGGUGAUAUCGACAGCGGCGGUGACUGGGUUCCUCUUGUGGUCGCGAUUCAUCAAUGGAGAUGUGUUUUUAUCCUCGUUUUUACUCAUCUGGGCAAAGCUUCGGUGAUAUCGACAUCUGGGCAAAGCUUCGGUGAAAUCGUAAAAAAAAAAACAAAUUUUGGUGAUAUCGACAGCGGCGGUGACUGGGUUCCUCUUGUGGUCGCGAUUCAUCGAUGGAGGUGCACUUUGAUUUAGUUAGCUUCUACAUGGAUGAAAAAUCAGGAUCAAUCGGGAUGAUAAACGAAGGCUUUGAAAAGGAGUAUCCUAAAGGCAUUUUCAAAUACGGUGAUGAACCACAAGUGAAGCAGAUAAACAAUAGCUGCAGAAUGUCUAUCUUAACAAGAAUCAAGGAUGCUUUGCCAACAGAGUAUGAGCAAGUGAAGAGUGAUCCUGUGUUUUCAAAUUUGUUUGCCAUCUACGAGAAUGGGUUAGGGUACUCUGCGCGUUUUAUACAUAGCAUUAUGUGUAGGCAGUUGAUCACAANAAAACCGAUUGGUUUUUAUAUUGAGUGUAAUUUGGAUUUUAGUUUUAAACUGAUCCGAACCAAAAUCCGAUCGGUUAUCCGCUAA